AUGGAGCGAGAUCUCACAACGCUCCCAUCUCGUCCCAAGGGCUUGACAAAAUCAACAUCGGGCGCAUCUUUCGGCGAUGGCUCUGCAAUGUCAGUGCCAGUUCUAGGAUCUCAUCCCCUAGGAACUCUUCACGUUCAUCAAGUCAGCGAGACACCUCAUCAAGAAGAAGACGAUGAUGACGGCCCCCCACCUCUUGAUCCUCCCUCGACACAGAAAGAGACUACUUCUUUAUAUAAAACCUCACAGCACAACUCUUCGAAAUCCCUCCAGAGUCCGACCUGGGAGCCUUUGGAACACCACCUAGGAGGCGGCGACGUGGUUCUCAUUCUUGAUUUGCCCGAGGUCUUUACUGUUGGAUAUGACUCUAUAUCAUUUACAGCUAAGCAUUUUGGCGGCAUCAGAGAUAUACCCCCAGGAGCUCACUUCUUCUGGGUAGCUCAUCCUGGAGGCAUGUCCACCCGCUGUGGCUUUUGGGUUGUCGCGAACAAUACCAAUGCUGUCCAUGUUAUGCAAUGGGACCGCUUCAACGAGGUUCUCGGCGACUCUGCUCGUGCUGAGGCACGCAUCCAGUCCGACAAUCUCGAGGCUAUCCACUCUAAGCUGGUCCCUUACCAAGACCCAACUGCGGUAAACGCUGCCCGUGGAGAUCUGGCUCAAGCUGCCUCGCAAAGAAAUUUCAACAUGUGGGAGCAGCUCACGGGCAAGGUCAAUGAGAAUCUCCUCAAUCGAGUGACUGGUCAAAAUUACGACAACUGGACGCUUCACACAGGCGAUCGUGUCAAGGGAUCAGUACUCAUGGCGGCUGAGAUGGAACUCGACAACUCGCUCUCAAAUCCCAUGCUCAUGGCUCGUGAGCUCAACUUUGCCUUUAGCCAACGCACAAAGACAUACUCGACAGACAACACUGGUGCUGACCGGACCCUUGAGGCUACGGACGCAACUCCUUACAUCCUAUCACUGAUCGAUGCGUCUCAUAAUGGUCUCACUUCUGACGACGUUGUUGGAGAAUUUCAGUUCACAUUCGUCGUGGGUGUGCACCUUGGCAAUGAUUCAUGUAUUCAGCAGUGGUGGCAUAUGCUGCUCAAGAUAUUUCUCCGCGCCUAUCUUCUUCCCGCACGCCGACCAUCUCUCGCUGCUGCUUUCAUUCACACUCUGACCGCACAAUUGACGUAUAGUGCCUCUUGGCUUGAGGGUUCAAUCCUGGACUCUGCCGAGUCACAGACCCGAGAUCUGCGACUUGCACUUACCGUAUACAAGCGCCGCCUCGAGGAACUCAUGCAAGGUCUGGGUAACCAAGCUACAUCAGAUCAGCUCAGCGUCGCCACAGCUUUUGCAGGUCUCGAGGCUGUUGCAACAAACAUGCUCGAUUGGGAUCUACGCGGAGACUACUUGCGUCGUGGUAAUAUCAUGAUGGAGGAUGGCGAGGAGGUGGAGCUGGAAGAUGCGGACAUGGCAGCGGAAGACGAACGUGGUGAGUGGGCGCCAGAAAUUGUUGACCUGGACGAGUCUGGACGGCAGCGCGAUCUUGUCUCGUGGAACGACUAG